AAUGUAUGGUAUUGUUUGUUGAGUCAGCAAUAAGCAUUGAUUUGGCUUGGAACACCUCUUGAAAUCCACAGUGACACUAGCUGCAAGGAAGGUGUGUGUGAGACACAGACAAUAUUAAAAGAUGGCAGCUCAAACUAUCAGGCCCAUCCUCCACUCGUUCUACCCCAGCUCCUGCUCCUGGAGAGUGAGAUUUGCUCUUGCGCUAAAAGGUAUAGAGUAUGAGUACAAGGCUGUUCAUCUGGUGAAAGAUGGCGGACAGCAGUUUACUGACACCUACAAAGCUUUGAAUCCUCAGUGUGUGGUACCUACCUUGGAGAUAGACGGACUAGUCCUCACAGAGUCUCUGGCCAUUAUCGAGUACCUUGAUGAGACGAGGGGUCCACCGUACCUCGUUCCCCACGGAGACCCUGCCAAGAGAGCACGGGUCAGGACGAUAUCUAGUAACAUUGCUGGUGGGAUCCAGCCGAUACAGAAUCUAAAAGUGCUAAGGUACGUUGGAGAUGAAAAGAAAUUUGAGUGGGGCAAGCACUGGAUCACCACAGGAUUUGACAGUUUGGAGCUGGUGCUUCAGAAGACGGCUGGGAAAUAUUGUGUGGGGGAUGAGGUGAGUCUGUGUACCACUGCCACUAAUAGGGAACUGUAUAAUGUAUCCACUCAGGUGACAAUGGCGCGGCGGACGUCUGUCUUGUCCCUCAAGUGAAUAACGCUAAAAGGUUCAAAGUUGAUGAGUGUUUACCCGACCAUCACUAGAGUGUGCUCUGCCUUGGAGACUCUGGAGACCUAUCACAAGUCACACCCUGACAACCAGCCCGACACACCUCCAAAGACAAACUAAUAAUACAUUCAACAGUGUUGUUUAUACACAAU